AUGGGUUCUCAAAUUCAACAGCGUCUUUACAUCCUCGACACAGAUCUGUCACAUCCAGACCGCGAGACGCGUCAGGGGCGCAUCGUAUCAUGCAUAACCGACGGAAGUGAUCUCCGAAUACUGGUCGAUAACAUCUCAACUCUCCCUGACGGUGUCACCAUCGACCAUGCCAAUGGACAUAUGUACUGGACCAACAUGGGAUCAAGUUUCAAGACCAACAGCGGCUUUAUCGAGCGUGCCAACCUUGAUGGGUCAGAUCGGCAGGUCAUCGUGCCAGCAGGAACGAUUGGCGUUUUCACGCCCAAGCAAAUUACCAUCGCCAAAGCCAGCCGCAAAUUAUACUGGUGCGACCGUGAGGGCAUGAAGGUUAUGCGGUCAAACCUCGACGGCUCCGAUCUCGAAGUUCUGAUUUCAGCGGGUGAAACGGAAGAAGAUAGACUGGACCAAAGGAAAUGGUGCGUUGGCGUUGGCGUUGAUGAGAAACGAGGAUUCUUCUACUGGACGCAAAAGGGGUCAUCGAAAGGCAAUCAAGGUCGAAUCUUCCGUUCACCAAUCCAAACUCCCCAGGGAAGAAGGAAAGAGUGCAUCGAGGUGGUAUCUGAGAAGCUUCCUGAGCCCAUCGAUCUCGAAAUAGACGAGGAAGGAGGCAUGAUCUACUGGACAGAUCGUGGAGACCCGCCGUCUGGCAACUCGCUGAAUCGGGCAAGCAUCAGCGCUGAGGGGCAGCAUGAGAUAUUGGCGAUCAGGUUGCACGAGGCAAUUGGAUUAUCUCUGGACCAAAAGGAAGAUAUGGUGUAUGUAACGGAUCUUGCUGGCGGAGUCUAUGCCGUUGACCUGAAGACGCGGAAGAAGACCAUCUUGUUUACAGAGCUGGGUGACAUUACGGGCAUCGCCUGGGCUUAG